CAGUCUCCCUCGGGAUGCCGUCGAGAGAGGGAGUCCUUGCUGCACCUGCGUCCCGUUUUCUAUGCGCUCGUGAAAUUCUCGUUUUCUAAAUAUCUGAAAAUGAUGAAGAAAUAAGAGUGAUGCGAAUGGAAAAACAACAAAACUUGAGAUAAAAGAAACAGAAAGGAAAUAAUACGAAAAGAGUGAGAUAGUGAAAUUUGCAGAUUCCAGUGUGAAUGAAGGUAGCGGCGCCAUCUUGAAUUCUCCGUCGCUCAUAAUACAAAAAAGACAAGAAAAAAAAAGCAAAGCAAAGCAAAAAAAAAAGUGGAGAGAGGAUCCUAAUGACGUGACCGGACGCUCGAGCAGCCAUGAACUGUCACAUAUCGCCCCCUUCGGGCGGCGACCUCAGGUCCAAUAUCGAGGGAUUACUUAAGAAAUUCAGGGUCACAAAAGAAAACGAGAAGGAGAGUGAGAUAUUCACCUUGGCCAACCUCGACAACGGAUGCAUAAGGAAAUUCAUUGUCAAGAAAGUGGAUGAGUCGGCAUUCCUCGCCUCCAUCAACCAGCGCCAGAAGGACGACAGCAAGUCCCUGACGGACGAGAACGAGAACACAGCCGUCGUGGACAGCAACGACGAGGACGACGACGACCUCCCCGACGCGCACGACGGCCUCGCCCUCGUCGGCAAGAGCAAGAGCAAGAGCAAGCGGAAGAAGGAGCGGGAGGCCGAGCACAAGGACCCCGGCAGCCCUUCCGACGCGGGAGGCGGCGGCGGCGGCGAGGACGACCUCGACACGCGCCUCCAGAACCAGCAGAACCUGGAGAGGAACCACAAGAACCACAAGGAUGAGGAGAGGAACCACAGCGACGCCAAGAAAGCUCUGGAGAACCACAGCGGGCUCGUGGCCAACGGCAAAGUGAAGACCGGGAGGUUCCGCCUGGGCUGCGACGACUCGGACGACGACAAGGACGACAUUAUGCCCGGCGAGGACAAGAUCGAUGACGACAACGACGACCCCGGCGUGGUGAACCCGACCUUCUUCAACGACGACGAGGACGACGAGGGCGGCAGAGGAGACGCCACCUCCAGCGUCUCCACCAGGUCGUCGCCAGAGCCCAGUCCCCUGCACUCGCCCAGGCUCAGCUUCAGGAUGAGCCCGCAGCCGUCCCCGCGGCACUCGCCCGUGAGCCACCGCUCGGGCAACCUGAGCCAGCGGAGCUCGGUGUCCUCGGUGCGCAAGGGCAUCCUCAAGAAGAGCCCGUCCUCGACCACCAUCAACAUGGAGAUGGUCAACCUCGGCCUCCAGCAGAACGCGGCGGCCAACGCGGCGGCGGCGGCGGCGGCGACGGGGGCCAACGCGGCCGCGGCGCUCAACGGGUACCACCGCACGCGCUUCUCUGACCCCUACGACGAUUCCUACGUCCCCAUGGACACGCACCGCUUCGUCAGCUCUCCCGACGGGCCGAUCGGGAUGACCCAAAAGUCCCUUGGAGGUCAUCGGGUCAAGUUUAUCCUGGAGACCGGCAAACCUGAUCACGUGACCGGAUCAUAUGACGACAUCCGGAUAGAGAAGAUGGAGAGAGAGAGACUGGAGAGGAUAGAGAGAGGGAAGAACCUGGAGGUGACCCACAACGAGGGCGACAAAGGCGGCCGCAAGUGCCUCCUCUUCUGCGCCGCCAUCUUGGUUCUCACGGGCUCCGUCAUCGCCGCCGGGAUGUAUGGCUCUCGAAGGGGGAACCACGACAGCGACGUCCAAGGGGCGAGCGGCCUGUCGGGGAAGGAGAGCACGCCGGCCGGAGCGCAGCCCACGCAGGACAAAUUUUUCUUUCCAAAUGCCAUAGAAUCACAAUUUAAAAUCAGCAACAGAAAUUACUCAUUAGAUUUAGCGGCUUCGAGUUCUGAAACUUACAAGACGUUCGCCCAAGCUCUCGAGCAAGAGCUAAAAUCUAUUCUCUUAACGAAUGACAUCAGUUUCAACGGGAAGCCCGUCCCAUUGCGUUCCAGAUCCGGGAGUGUGCUGGUAACCUUCAGAAUAGCGUGGAAAUACAUCAACGAACUGGAGGCUAGUCACCAGGACCCGCCGGUGAACAUAACGACUGUCAAGAACAAAUUGGAAGAACAGAUCAAGACGGGUUAUUUGGAUAACAACCAGACUUUCAGCGUACCUUUGGAAUCCGUUCAUGUGGAUAACGUAUUAGACGAAUGCCGCAGUAACACGACGCGGUGUUCGGAUACCUGCAAGUUCUCUUACGACACGCUGAAGUUCUCGUGCUCCUGUCCGGACACGUUGACGCUCAUCAACAACACCCACUGCGGAACGCCACCAAAACCAGCGGAGAGCCCACACCCGUUCUUGCCGCCGGGCGUCAAGAGCAUCAUCAGUUCCAAGAACGCCAGCCUCAUCUCCAUCACCCCCGAGUACGUGAGCAAGGUGGAGUCGCCGUCCGCCAAUCAGACAAGCACAAGCCUGGAGGGUGGAGACGGGGCGACCAAUCAGACGAAGGUUGACGGCGGGUCUGAGGACGCGGCGACCAAUCAGACAAAGACUGCUGUGGCAGUUACGGAGGUUCCGACCAAUCAGACGAGCUCGGAAGGUCCACCUGUCGAGGCACCAACCAAUCAGACGACGACGGCGGGGGAUAAAGAAGGCAGCAAAGAUGCGACUCCACCGGUCGAAGGCAACGCGACAUCUGCUGCAACGACCACCUCCGCCCCUAGCUCAGCUGGCGUCACCGUCCCCGCUUCUAGCACGACCGCUGCGCCCCCAGCCAGCACGGCCUCCACAGCAGCCUCAGAACAGGAAGGUGGCCAAGCGGGAGCGGGUGAGGCCAGCAGCGAGGGCAGCGCAGCCACGAGUGAGGAGGAGGCCAAGCCGGCCUCAGAGGCGGCCGACACUUCUGACACUGACGAUGAGGUCCACAGCCAAGAACCUGUCGCCGCUGCGCCUGUUCCCGACGAAGGGGAAGCAGACACGGCAGAAUCCCAGCAGCCUUCCGAGGAAGACGCUUCUGCAGGCAGCGACCUGGCCGAUGCAGGCGCCGCCGUGGAGGAGACGGAGCCGCAGACGGAAGACCGCAGCUCGGGUGUCAUCCCGCAGAAGUACCCGGACGGGGACAACCCGGGCAUGCACAUUUCGCCGGGCACGCGAUUCGAGGACAUUGGGCUCUUCACCAACGCCACGCAGAGGGCGCCGCCGGUGCUCAACAUGUCUUCUGUGCGAGAAGGAGACUCGCCCGGGGAUGUGCGGGUGCAAGAGCCACAGCCGGAAGGCGUGGCACACUCUGAGCCUGCAGCGACCUCCUCAGUUGCGACCACAGCUGUUGCGGCCGAAGCAAGCACAACGGCAAGCCCCGCGGGGGAGGUCGUCGAGGCCCCCGUGGCCAGCGCAGACGGAGAGUCUCCUGCCGGCGCCCAGGCGGCCGCGAAGACCGAGAAGCCGGUGGUGAUCGUGACGGCGAACGAGACCAACGUCGAACGCCGCCCGGGACGCGGCGGCCGAGGGCGACCUCAACAAGGACGUGGUGAUCGUCCAGGCCACGUCGUACGAGGAAGUACCCCUGCCGGAGUGGACGACUCCUGCCCAUGUCUCGACGACUCCCUCGCCUCCGCCCGCCGCCACCGCAGCGACCGUCAAGCCUCCGGAGGUCCAGGUCAACCGCACUUCCGAGACGGUCAUCAUCAACACGGAGGUCAAUGUCCAGGAGGAGAACGGCAGCCACGGCGCCGAGGCCGCCGCAGGCAAGAGGCCGGGGGCGCUGGGCGAGGCCACCCACGAUAUUCCUGUCGACCUCGGCACCCUCGCCCACGAGGGCACCGGCCUGGGCGCGGACGCCUCCCUUGGUAACAGGCCACCGCACCCGACCUCCACGUCCUCCACCGAAGCCACGGCCGCCGCCCCCCAGACGGAGUCGCAGGCGCCCGCGGCAGGAGCGGCAGCCGCAAACACCACGUCGGCGGCCGAGCCUCCGCCGUCGAUCUGCG